AUCGCCGGAGCAAAAACAGUCGGUGAAACUUUCGGACAAGAAGAGAUGUCGAGAGGAUCUCGACUUGUUAGGGCUCCUGGGCUCUUACUCUGUCGCGCUAAUCUUCACCCUCAACCCAAAAUCCCAUCUUUUUCCUACAGUCUUCGCUCUGAUUAUCGUCCUCAUAAUGGUUUCUCCAAUUACAUCAGACGUAACUCAAUUCGAACAUCUCCCGUUAUCAAUGCCUUCCUCUCCGAUCACUCACCAUCCCCAUCACCAUCACAAUCACCAUCCCCAAUUCGUUUCGUUCAACGGAGUUCCGUGCUUAAUGGGCGUCUUUUUUCGACUUCUACUCCCAAUCCCGACCAAGCAGCCACCAAGACUAAGGAAAUCAAGACAACCUCGUCGGAUUCAGACUCGGCUAUGGCUGACAUGAAGAUUCUCCGCACGCUUGCUGGCUAUUUGUGGAUGAGAGACAAUCCAGAAUUCCGUUUCAGGGUCAUAGCUGCUUUGGGUUUUCUAGUGGGUGCUAAGGUCUUGAAUGUCCAAGUCCCUUUCCUUUUCAAAUUAGCUGUUGAUUGGCUUGCUUCAGCCACCGGUACAGGAGCCUCUCUGACCACCUUCGCUGCUACAAACCCUACUCUUCUUACUGUUUUUGCUACUCCUGCUGCUGUUCUCAUUGGAUAUGGCAUUGCUCGGACGGGAUCUUCUGCUUUUAAUGAACUUCGUACUGCUGUGUUCUCUAAGGUAGCUCUCCGAACAAUACGAUCUGUUUCUAGAAAGGUGUUCUCACAUUUACAUGAUCUUGACCUUCGUUACCACCUAAGUCGAGAAACAGGUGCCUUGAACAGGAUUAUUGAUCGUGGUAGCCGUGCGAUAAAUUUUAUCCUCUCAGCUAUGGUUUUCAAUGUUGUUCCUACCAUAUUGGAGAUUUCUAUGGUAUCAGGUAUACUAGCAUACAAGUUCGGAGCUGCUUUUGCCUGGAUUACUUCCCUCUCUGUUGGAUCAUAUAUAGUUUUCACAUUAGCUGUGACACAGUGGCGAACCAAGUUUAGAAAGGCUAUGAACAAAGCUGAUAAUGAUGCUAGCACAAGGGCCAUUGAUUCUCUGAUAAAUUAUGAGACUGUCAAAUAUUUUAACAAUGAAGGUUAUGAAGCUGAAAAGUAUGACCAGUUACUGAAAAAAUAUGAAGAUGCUGCCCUGCAAACUCAAAGAAGUCUUGCUUUUUUAAACUUUGGACAAAGUAUCAUAUUUAGUACAGCUCUGUCAACAGCAAUGGUGUUGUGCUCUCAGGGCAUCAUGAAUGGCCAGAUGACAGUCGGUGACUUGGUUAUGGUGAAUGGACUCCUCUUUCAGUUGUCUCUUCCUCUAAACUUUUUGGGUAGUGUUUACCGUGAAACUAUUCAGAGCCUUGUGGACAUGAAAUCAAUGUUCCAGUUGCUAGAGGAGAAAUCUGACAUCACAAAUACAGAUGACGCAAAGCCUCUUGUACUGAAAGGUGGAAGCAUUGAGUUUGAAAAUGUACACUUCAGUUACCUUCCAGAGAGAAAAAUAUUAGAUGGAAUUUCCUUUGUCGUACCGGCAGGAAAAAGUGUGGCAAUCGUUGGUACUAGCGGGAGCGGCAAGUCAACAAUUCUUAGAAUGCUAUUUAGAUUCUUCGACACAGAUUCCGGAAAUGUGAGGAUUGACGGGCAAGAUAUAAAGGAAGUGAGACUAGAUAGCCUCCGAAGCUCCAUAGGAGUUGUGCCGCAAGAUACUGUGCUCUUCAAUGACACAAUAUUUCACAACAUACAUUAUGGACGUCUCUCAGCUACAGAAGAAGAGGUGUAUGAGGCUGCUCGGCGUGCUGCAAUUCAUGAAACGAUCAGUAAUUUCCCUGAUAAAUAUUCCACGAUUGUUGGGGAAAGGGGGCUCAAGUUGAGUGGUGGAGAGAAACAAAGAGUGGCACUUGCUCGGGCAUUUUUGAAAUCCCCUGCGAUUCUGUUGUGUGAUGAGGCAACGAGUGCGCUGGACAGCACAACAGAGGCAGAGAUACUGAACGCACUCAAGGCACUAGCGAGUAACAGGACAUCCAUCUUCAUUGCCCACAGGCUGACCACUGCGAUGCAAUGUGACGAGAUCGUAGUACUGGAAAACGGGAAGGUGGUGGAACAAGGCCCCCACGACGAGCUAUUGGGGAAAUCAGGUAGAUAUGCGCAGCUAUGGACACAACAAAACAGCAGUGUGGAUAUGCUUGAUGCAGCUCGCCAUUUCUUUCUCCUCCUGGGAAACUCUGCAAUCGCCAUGGCCUAUGAGGAAGCUCGCAAGCUCCGUCUUCAAGAGAAUCACAAGCGAUUUCAGGAUUUAGGAAUUUCCCAGAUUUCUAAGACUCUGACUCAGAUUACCAAGAAAACGCCUCAGCUUCUUCAGCAGCGUAAUCCCAGACCCAUCGAUAAAGCCCUCUUUGCUACUGCUGAACCAAGGCGCUCUUCUCGUGUUCGUACCGUAAUUUCUUCCUAUCGCGAUGAUGUCGCCGUAGACACUGGUCGUACUUCGAAUCUGAGGAGAUCGCGGCAUAGCUCUACAUGGGCUACCUACAUUUCUCGUCCUCUACAUGAGUGCAAGUUUGCAUCUUACGAAGAAAAGGUUGGAGCACUCAAGGCUGCAGAGAAGUUCCAGAGCCGCCUUAAAUCUCCACAUCCUUCCUUUGUGAAAUCUAUGGUUCGCUCCCAUGUUUACAGUUGCUUUUGGCUGGGGCUUCCUUCAAGAUUCUGUGUGGACAAUUUUCCUGAGGAAACUAUGGAAAUAUUACUAGAGGAUGAAGAAGGUGAAGAGUAUGAAGCAGUGUACAUUGGGAGAAGAAGUGGGCUCAGUGGUGGUUGGAAAAGGUUUGCUCUUGAUCAUAAAUUGGAUGAUGGUGAUGCUCUACUCUUUCAAUUGGUUGAACCAAAGAGGUUCAAGAUCUAUGUGUUUAAAGGAAAUGAGAACGCUAAUCUUACAAGCGCGGGAAAGAGAGGCAGAGCAACCCCAAGUGAAGAAGAAGAAGAAGAAGAAGAUAAGGAUGUUGAAGAAUCAGAUCUCUCACCGAUAAUGGCUUCUGCGGCUGUUGCAUCGAUGGUUCUUGACCCUAAAGCAUCUCCGGCUUUGAUGGAUCUAUCCACCGCAGACGAAGAAGAUCUCUAUGGCCGCCUGAAAUCGCUUGAACGGCAACUAGAGUUCACCGAUAUCCAAGAGGAAUAUGUGAAAGACGAGCAAAAGAAUCUCAAACGAGAGCUGUUACGGGCUCAAGAGGAGGUCAAACGAAUUCAAUCCGUGCCUCUCGUGAUUGGUCAGUUCAUGGAGAUGGUAGAUCAGAACAACGGCAUCGUCGGAUCUACUACUGGCUCCAAUUACUAUGUCAGAAUUCUCAGCACCAUCAACAGAGAACUCUUAAAGCCUUCUGCUUCCGUCGCUCUUCACCGUCACUCCAACGCCCUUGUUGAUGUUUUGCCCCCGGAGGCUGAUUCUAGCAUCUCCCUUCUCAGCCAAUCUGAGAAGCCUGACGUCUCCUACAAUGAUAUUGGAGGAUGUGAUAUUCAGAAACAGGAAAUUCGUGAGGCUGUUGAAUUGCCUCUUACCCACCACGAGCUUUACAAGCAGAUUGGUAUAGACCCACCACGCGGUGUCUUGCUCUAUGGACCUCCUGGUACUGGGAAGACUAUGUUGGCUAAGGCUGUUGCCAAUCACACAACCGCUGCCUUCAUUAGGGUUGUUGGAUCCGAGUUUGUGCAAAAGUACCUUGGCGAGGGACCUCGCAUGGUUCGUGAUGUCUUUCGUCUUGCCAAGGAAAACGCUCCAGCUAUCAUCUUCAUUGAUGAGGUAGAUGCCAUAGCUACUGCUAGGUUUGAUGCUCAAACAGGAGCUGAUAGGGAAGUUCAGCGUAUUCUCAUGGAACUACUUAAUCAGAUGGAUGGAUUUGACCAGACCGUGAAUGUGAAGGUCAUAAUGGCAACCAACAGGGCAGACACUCUAGAUCCUGCACUCUUACGUCCUGGGAGACUUGAUCGUAAGAUUGAGUUCCCCCUUCCUGAUAGACGUCAAAAGAGGCUUGUUUUCCAGGUAUGCACCUCCAAAAUGAACCUCAGCGAUGAGGUUGAUUUGGAAGACUAUGUUUCACGGCCUGAUAAAAUUAGUGCUGCUGAGAUAGCAGCAAUCUGCCAGGAAGCUGGUAUGCAUGCUGUGCGAAAGAACAGAUAUGUGAUACUACCUAAGGAUUUCGAGAAGGGGUACCGCGCAAAUGUUAAGAAGCCAGACACGGACUUUGAGUUUUACAAGUGAAGAGAAUGCAGAAAUGGAAUCAGAUUAUGGCUGUUGUUAAAAUUCCAGUGUGUUUUGAGAAUUAUUUAUGGACAUGGAAUCAAAUUUGCAGUUAAAUUAUGAACUAAGUUGCAUCUCUAAUUUGUGGAACUCGAGUUCACAUUUGUGUUUAGUCUAUCAGCUUUUUACAGUUUAAUGUAUAAGAAAACAGGGGAUGGUGU